GGUUUGACGUCAAUCGGUCAUUAUAAUGUAUUAUACUGUUCCAAGGAACAAUAUGUGAACCCGAUAGGUGUGAAUCAAACGCUCGUCUCUAACGCGAUCACCUUCACAUUCGCCAGGGAUCAAGUGUUUACAAUCGGGAAGCGCAAAGAAGAAUUAUCGAUUGGCGUCGUCUUGUCACGUGACUCGUCGCGUCGAAUUCGCGUGGCGCGGAUUCACGCCUCUAGGUUUACCUUUAGGUUUCCUCAUAUGGUCGUAAAUUGCGUAGGCAUUAUCAAUCUCAGAGCCGACAUGAGUAAACAAAAACUCACCUAA